CCCUACCCAAUCAACCCGCCUUCCAUUGUUCCUGAAUCGGGCAAGACCACUGGCACGGCGCGGCUUUGGGCGCCAUAAUUUAAGCUCAUCUCCAUUGUUUGGCGCGACUUGUUGUCCUGCAGGUGAUUCGAGACUCUUGACAUCAUCCUCUACAUUUUAUCACGUCGCUGGCUGCAGCAUUCCCCCUCGUCCCAUUCCUUCCUCACUGCCCAUCAGUUUGAUGCUUUGCUGCAAGUAAAGGCGGACUGCAAGCAGCAAACAUCUGCAUCACAUUUCCCCCGUCCGCAGGUCCCAGGUUUUCUCGACUUCGUACCUUGCAGAUCGCCCGAACGCCAUGGCGAGCUUCAUGGCCAAUCUAUUCCCCGGAGGGAAGCCGGACAAGACCACCGACGCGCGCCCCUCCACACCGACGCGAAACAGCUUCAUCACCCCUGUCAGCACUCCACAAGGCAGCCCUAGCAAGAAGACGGUCCCUCCCGGUGCCAAUGAGCUCCCCGUCGCUCUUCAGGGCAUGAAAAUCAACCCGCCCAGCGCUUUCGACACUCCGGUGAAGCUCAGCCGACCGCAAAGUGUUGUUGCGCCGCUAUCCCCCGGGAAGAGUAACCUGCAGAGUGUCGAGGAAAGCUCGCCAACCGUCGACGACAGCAUCAUCCGCAAAGGAGGCAUCCCCCGCACGGGUAGCCCUUUGAGAAACCAGGGACAGGAAAAUACACAUCCCGCACUCCCCCGAGACCCCUUCACCGAGCCGACAUACCAACCCAGCCAUGCCGCCGUAUCGCGCCAAGAGCUGUACCAACCGAGGGACCGGCCACCACAGACCACCCGGCGAUUCAACACAACUAGGGGUCUCACUGCUGAAGAACGCGAACUUCUGCAGAAGCCGGGCGUCAAACGCCUGGUCAAUGUCACUCAACUCUAUUUCCUGGAUUACUACUUCGAUCUCCUGACUUAUGUUGGUUCGAGGCAGAGCCGUCUGAACGCGUUCAAGGAAGAAUAUCCGCCACCACCGGGAACCGAUGAGGAGACGUAUAACCAGAUGUGGUCCAAGUACACGGGCCGAGAACGGGCCAAUCUCCGCAAGAGGCGGGUGCGGCUGCGGCACGCUGACUUCCAGAUCUUGACCCAGGUCGGUCAAGGCGGCUACGGCCAGGUCUUCCUCGCGCAAAAAAAGGACACGAAGGAGGUGUGUGCCCUCAAGGUCAUGAGCAAGAAACUGCUUUUCAAGUUGGACGAGGUCCGACACGUCCUAACUGAACGGGACAUUCUCACAACGGCCAAGAGCGACUGGCUAGUCCGCCUACUGUACUCCUUCCAGGAUGACAAGAAUAUCUAUCUUGCCAUGGAAUACGUACCAGGUGGAGACUUCCGCACCCUUCUCAACAACACGGGCGUGCUGUCGAACCGGCACGCGCGCUUUUACAUCGCCGAGAUGUUUUGUGCCGUCGAUGCUCUGCAUCAGUUAGGCUACAUUCACCGCGAUCUGAAGCCGGAGAACUUCCUGGUCGACUCUACCGGUCACGUCAAGCUCACCGACUUUGGCCUGGCGGCUGGAUUCUUGGCUCCUGCUAAGAUUGAGUCGAUGAGGAUCCGCCUGGAAAAAGCGUCUGAGACGUCGGUUCCGUUCGGCAAACCAAUGGACCAGCGCACGGUUGCCGAGCGCCGGGAAGGAUACCGCACCAUGAGAGAGAAAGACGUGAAUUACGCCAAGUCAAUCGUGGGCUCGCCAGACUACAUGGCCCCGGAGGUGCUGAGGGGCGAGCAGUACGACUUUACCGUCGACUACUGGAGCCUGGGCUGCAUGCUCUUCGAGGCCCUUACGGGUUUCCCUCCGUUCGCGGGAGCGACUGCCGACGAGACAUGGCGGAACUUGAAUCAUUGGCGGGAGGUUUUGAAGCGACCGGUGUGGGAAGACCCGAGCUACUUCCUGAGCAACCGGACAUGGGGUUUUAUCACGACUUGCAUCAACUCUCGGUCCAGGAGGUUCUCCAACAUCAAGGACAUUCUCAACCAUCAGUACUUUGCCGAGGUCGACUGGGCCGUGUUGCGUGAGACGAAGCCGCCGUUCGUCCCGGAGCUCGACUCGGAGACGGACGCGGGCUACUUUGACGACUUCAGCAACGAGGCCGACAUGGCCAAGUACAAGGAGGUGCACGACAAGCAGCAGGCGCUCGAGGGUAUGGCGGAGCGCGAUGACGAGAUGAGCAAGGGCCUCUUCGUCGGCUUCACCUUCCGCCACCGCAAGCCGGCGACCGACGAGGGCACUCCGCGCAAGCCGAUCCCCUUCGAGGAUAAUACCUUUGGCACUAUGCUGUAGUGUCAGCAGCGGCGGUCCAAGACCGAAUACCCGCAACUUGGGGGGCCUUGGGAACACCAAGGGGUAGAGGAGCCGCAUGCCGGGGUAUGGACGCGGGAGUUUGGGUUGGUAUGAUGACGGGACAUUUGAUGGCAUAGCGGGAAGGCGGUAUAGGUUGGUCACGGCGAUGGCUGGAGGGUUAUGUUGGGUUUCCUUUCUCGGCUCUCCGAGUUGUUACGUCGCCCUCAGAACGGCGGCUUGUUCGGCAUUGUGCUUGCGUGUCACGGAGUUUCUGCUGGGGCGGGAAAGGGAUAGAUGGUCGCUGCGGGCGAUGGUCGGCUGGGCCAUUCUGAUCGUCGGCGCGCGUUGGUUUUAGUGAGUGUAGAACAAUUGUACCAGGUUAUCAUCAGUUUUACUUUGGCAAAAAUGAUACUCGUCUUUGACGC